AUGCCUGUAACACGUGCACAUGGACGCCAGGAAUACCACAAGAAUAAGCUUCACCUCCCACGUAUUCUCUGCUUACACGGUGGCGGAAGCAACGCACACAUUUUCAAGACGCAAUGCCGUGUGGUCUCGCGCAUGCUAGAGCCAUACUUGCGAUUUGCCUAUGCUGAAGCGCCAUUAGAUUCGAUGCCGGGGCCGGACGUCCUUCGGUUUACGCUGACUAUGGCCCGUUCAAUCGACGGCUCCCGGAGCACGAGGUCGAGGAUAGAGCGGCAAUUGAAGCUAUCAACAAUUCGAUAA